AUGCGUCAAUCAGAUGAACUCCUAUCCCCGUCACUAACGUUACAGGAGCUACAGCACGCACUCACUCAUGACAGUGGUACUCGAGCUGAGCUUGAAGCUCGCAUCUCUAACGUUCGUGAUAGUGUGUUACCAGUAAGGCUAUUAUUUAACGAUUUCCUGCGAACAUUAGCGCAAAUAGAUCAACUUGGUGAUCGAUCACCGCAGGAGAAGUUUGCUCUGGUACGUACAAAACUGUUAGAACUGCAUUCUCGAGUGCGUUCACUGGUAGGCGAUUUCCAGGCGUUGAAACCGCUUUUAAAUACAAUGUCAACAUAUUCUGAGACUAGAGAUCAAAAAUUCUCUCCUUUAGAAACGUUAUCACUUUCAUCUGAAACUGUUAAGCCGCUUGGUACGUCUCCAGCAUACAGAAAGCCAGCUGUAACACCUGGUAGUAAUGCUCCAACGCCCGCAGCUGCUGCUGCACUGGCUGCGGGGGUUGCUAGUUCUGGAGGUAGCUCAUCGACGGCUGCUGUGGGAGGUAUUACACAGUUUCCCGGGACUAUUCCACAUAUCAAUCCAGGUGUAUCCCCGCUGACUAUGCUAGCAAGCCCCCUUGCAGGCAUUAGUCCUGGAAGAAAAGUCUCUGUUGCACAGCAAUCUCAACAGAAACAACCAGCUGUACCACACAAGGCGCCGCCUAAUAAGACUCCAGUUAUAAAUUCUACGAAUUUAAGUCCCCAGAGCAUCCUUAAUAUGUCUGCAGCGGAAAGUGUUGGGGCAAAUACCAUUGGAAUGGCUGGCCAUAUGGGCACUGCGGUAGCGGGACCAGUGGGAACAGGUAUCCCUGAUCUCGAUGCACUUGAUCUUAACUCUGUUGAACUUGGAUCACUCAACCUAGAUCUCCUAGGAUAG